AUGUUUGAUCCCUCGCCCCCGUCGGCCGCCGACUUCUGCCCCUUUUGCGCCAUCGCCGCCGCCCACGCGCCCUACGACCCCCUCGACCCGCCCUCGUCGUCGGCCGCCCAGCGCACCACGCCCGCCUCGUACGUGGUGCUGUCGACGCCCGACCUCGUCGCCUUCCUCGACAUCAUGCCGCUCUCGCCAGGCCACCUGCUGCUGUGCCCGCGCGCCCACCGCCCCAAGCUCACCGAUGCCACCCCCCGCGAGGCCCGACACCUCGGUGCCUACGUCCGCGUCCUCUCCGCCGCCCUGGCCCGCGCCACCGGCGUCGCCGACUGGAACGUGGUCCAGAACAACGGCGCCGCCGCGGCCCAGGUCGUCCCUCACAUGCACUUCCACCUCAUCCCCCGCCCCGAGAUCCGUGCCAGCGGCCGCUUCCGCGAGAGCUUCACCAUGUUUGGCCGCGGGAGGCGGGAGGAGCUUGACGAGGACGAGGCCGAUGCGCUGGUUGUUGAGCUGCGGCGCCACAUUGCUGCCGUGCUGGAGGAAGAGAAGCAGCAGCGCGACCACCAAGUUCCCUUGCGAGACGGCGGGAAGCAGCGGUUCCCGGGCAAAGCCAAGCUGUAG